AUGUCACACCAAAGGGAGAAAUUAGAAAUUAUAGUUCACCCGCCAAGUCCAAGUCUAACCUCCAACACCAGCGAAUCUGAUCCAGAAAUUUCACCUUCGUCACCUCCAAAUGGUGAUUUCUUCUUACGAAGACAUAGUGAAAGAGAUGUGACAGUUACAACAGAUAAUUCGACGCAAACUGCUCAAGUCAAGAAAAAGAACGAUUGUUGUUCGAGAACUUGCCAUAAAAUCAAAAGGGUUAAUGAGAUUCUGACGUGGGUGAGGUUAAUAGUUGCACUUACACUUUAUUUGCUAAUUGCCGUGGAUGUCAUUCAUAUUAGAAAGAAUAAGGACAAAAAAUUUUGGGUUGAAGUUUUAACCCAGUUGACCAAUAUCGAAUUCACAUUCCUAACAUUACUCAUGCAACCGAAACGACUAAUAAAUCUCCCACGAGCAGCGAGAAUAUGGUGGUGGAAUACAAAGAACACUACUUUUUUCAACAAAGUAAAAUUUCGUAGAUCUGCCAUCUCUCAGGAUAUUCAAGUUGACUUAGAAGGAAAUAAUUACAGCAAUUAUUUACAAGAAUCAAAAAAACCACCCGACUAUAUAAGAGAAUUGCAAAGAAAAGUUCAUGAAAGUUAUAAUUGGUACAAUUAUGAAGAUUCCUUGUCGGAGGAAAGUGAGAAGAUGGAACAAAGAAAAGAAAUUAUUUGUUCACCUUCAAAGCUAUUUUUUAUUCUUAUUUUAUGGAACAUUGGUUGUUUGUCGCAGUAUGGAAUUUGCGUAAUCCUAUGGUUUCUACCGCAAAAACAGCGACCCGAACUGCCGUAUAUAAUACUAAGUGCGAUCACAGUGUUUUGUGAAGUGAUUACUUUCAUUCUG